GCUGAGCAGAGCUGAGAAAGAAAUGAUACUUAUUCGCUUUGUUUUCAGUUCGUGGUUUUGUUUUUAGCUAACUUUCUUAUAUGCAUACAGUUGUCAGUUACAUUGUCAAGUCGUCGUUCAAUUUGCGUAGUAUAUAUACCAAAGUAUAUCGUAUGUUUAGCAUUGAUGUAUAAAAACUGCUAAGUUGAUGACUUGCUAAAACUUAAGAGUGCCUAACUUGAUGAGCUGAACUUGAUAGGACGACAGAUCAUUAGGCAAAAGAGAAAAACUGUCAAUAAAAUUCGAUACCUUGUGCAAAGUGACGUGAUUUAGAAGAUAUCGAAUUUGUCUACACUACUUAUUGGAGACUUUAUUAAGUGCUACUUUUGUGCUUCAAUUACUGCAGUUGUUGUUGCUGGGGAUCAUUGAAUCCCCAAGCGCGGCAACAGUAACAAAGGAGUCAAGGAGUGAUAUUGUAACAAAGGCAAAUAUGUGGAAGCCCUUUGAGCCGGGCAGCUCCCCCGUUGAUUGGUGUGAAGGCAAUUACAGCAUUUCGCCCAGCAUUGCUGAGUUCAUGAAUACCCUAAGCAACGUUGUAUUUCUUCUACUUCCACCAGUAUUGAUGCACCUAUUUAGAGACUAUGGUAGAUUUGUAAAUCCUGGAAUACAUCUAAUAUGGUUUCUGUUGAUGCUUGUUGGUGCUAGUAGUGCAUAUUUUCAUGCUACUCUCUCAUUAGUUGGACAACUUCUAGAUGAAUUAACCAUUUUGUGGGUUUAUAUGGCAGGUUUUUGUCUGUUUUUACCGAGAAGGUAUUUUCCUACUGUAGCUAAAAAUAAUCGGAAAAGAUUUUCUCUUUUUGUGAUACUACCAACUCUAUUGGCUACUGUAUUGGCCACAUUUCAUCCAGCUGUAAAUGCAUUUGCAUUGAUGACCCUUGGAAUACCAGCCAUCUGGUUUAUGAUUCUUGAGCUGAAGAGAACAACGUCUGGAAGAGUGUAUAGAUUGGGACUUCGCUGUGGAGCAGUUUGGCUUCUUGCAGUCACAUGCUGGCUGAAUGAUAGAUUAUUUUGCGAUACUUGGCUAAACUUGAAUUUUCCCUACCUUCAUGCUUUGUGGCACCUCUUUAUUUUUAUCGCUAGUUAUACAGCUGCCGUUUUAUUUGCUUACUUUUCGGUUAAAGAGGAGAGGCCCCAGCAAUCUCCAGUGCUCAAAUAUUGGCCAAGAGAUGACUUUGAGCUUGGUAUUCCCUAUGUUACAUUAAAAUGUUACAUCAAAGUCGACACAAACACAAACAUAUAACUUUGUUUUUUAAUUUCAACUCAAUAAUACUAUAGUUAUUAAUAAUCAUAAUAAUAGGAAGGCUGAAGAUUAAUUAAUAUUCUAAAAAGUAUUAAUAGAGGAUUGCAAAACCGAGACUGAAUAGAUUUUCAAUUAUGUAUCAAAGAGACAAAAGAAACGUAAGUACAUUAAUCUGGAAGAUCAUACGGUAAUUACUUGCGAGUAUAUUAUUUAUACAUAAUACAAUAAUAGCAGAAAAUGAAUGACUGCAUAAAAGAGAAAAAAAAUUUUAAACUUAGAUACCAAAUGUAUUAAUCUAAUUAAUACUUGUACACUAUGUCAAAUUAGAAGCAGUUAACUUAUUUCAUAUAACAGUACAUAAGCUGUGCUCAAUGUAUAACGUAAUAUUUGUCGAUAAAUAUAAAAAUAGAGAUUUUUAAGGAAGUGUAAAGUUUAAACACAGCCAAUAAAAAGAGAAGUCCAGAUGGACGAUAGUUAAGAAAAAUUGAUUAGAGGAUAAUCGUAAUUCACGAUGUAACCAAUAGUUGAUGCAUUAAAUAAUCACAAUUAUUAUAAUCGCGUUGUCGGUUUGACAAAAUUCGUUUUCUAUAAUUCUUUAUAUAAGUUAUUGAAUUUUGUUGUAUUAGUUUGUGCUGUAACAAGGGUAUGUACAGGCCGAUUCUGUAUUUUAGAGGUGUGUUUUUUUAAUUUUAGAUAAUAUUUAUCAUUCAUUCAAAAUUUAUGCCGUAAAUAUUUUUAGUAUGUGUUUCUUGUGUUUAAUGUGUUAUUUUAUGGAAAAAAAAAUUAAUAAAGAGGCAA